AUGUCCACUCUCCCCGAAGAUCGCGUCCUCAAACCUCUAAACCCUGUACCAGACGACGUCAACGACUGGCCCGACUUCUCUCUACGUGAAGCCAAGAUCUUUUAUCAAGGAAAAGGUCGAUAUGCAGAUCUCCUUGAGGCUUCUGAAAGUGUACCUCUGUGUGUUUUGGGAGAAUUGAUGCCUCUGGACGACGAACAGGAUCAUCUGAACGAUAAUGGGAAGCCCGUUAUCUGGGCGGCUGGGAAGGCUGGCUGGUUCGAGAUCUCGCCCUCAGAUCGUUACUUGAGUCAUUACAAUGACACCGUUGAGGCGAUCGACUUGUUCUAUUUUGCCGUUGACCAGCACCAAAAACUUCCUCGGAAACGACAACAGUAUGGAUUCAUGAUAGAUCCUUUCCUUACGCUCUACCAAAAACACACUGGCUAUCGGAUCGACGACGAUGACGAGGCGAUGGAAACGAUACAUAAACACCACAGGUUUUUAUUGAAGCAAAUGAUAGAAGAGAGAGAAGGCAUCGAUUGGUCACACACACAUCUGUGGAAGCACUUGGCGGAGACAUAUGCUGAUGAAGUAGAGGCAUUGAAGGCCUCGCUCGCUACGCCCGCUCCUAUUGAGGAACCACAAGAUUCAGAGUCACAGUCAGAGUCGGAUUCAGAUUCAUCAGAUGCGGAGUCUGCGGACGAGGAAACAACACCUGAACAGCAACAGGAAGACCCGGACAUGUCAGAAGAGUUAGACGUGACGUCUCAGCCUGCUUCCGAGGCAGCUUCAAGCUCGAGUAGCCAGUCCGAAGUACAGCCGGAGCCCAUUGAUUGGACCAAGCCAAUAUGGGACAUGCUGAACAUUCUUCGCAAGUCGUCCAACUUCAAUAUGCGCCAUUGUGGGAUCGAUGAGGCCGCCACCGAAUUGGAGAAACAGGUCACAUUCGACGGAACCCACGAAGAAGCAGUUGCAGCCUUCGAACGGUCUGCGGAACCUUUGUUAAGACUGAUGAAUGAAGCCAAACUCCGGAAGAAAUUUAAUUGGUCUACUCGGAGAAUAUACGAUGAGCUGGAAGCCACUUUGGCCGAUGAAGUGGCCGAUAAGAUUAUGAAGACGCCGGGCAAGCUCGGCAAGCAGAAACAUCGCAUGAAGUCGGUCCUUCGCCCCAGCGGUGCCCGCAAGGCACACAAACGUGCACGAGGCGCCGUUGAUUCGUUCGACGAUGAUGAGGACAUGAGCGAUGUCCCUAUUUCAUCCCCAGUAGCGAAACGACAAGGGCCCCCUCUGCCAAGUCGGCUGCGUGAGGUGGAUAACGACUCCGUUGGGAGUCGAGAGUGUAGCCCGAGUCGACAACUAAACGGCCAUCUGGGCCCUGAUGCCCUGCCUGAUCUGCCACCCGGCCCAGAGGCUCAGGAGAUGUUGGACCUGGUAUCGCAGGAAGCCAAGAGAGUCGGUAGACAGCAUCAGACUUCGAAUCUCCAGGCGUUUCUGGGCCAAUGGGUGGUGUGA